AUGAAUCCGUAUGAGACUCUAGAGGUGGACCGUAAUGCAUCGCAGGAAGAGAUCCGGAAGGCUUAUAGGCGCUUGGCUCUGCAACAUCAUCCAGAUAAAGUCAGUGAUGAGUCCCAACGGGCGACCAGCGAGAUAAGAUUCAAAGAGAUAGCCGUGGCAUACGAGAUUCUUAGCGAUGAGCAACGCAGGGAGCAUUAUGACACGUAUGGUGAUGCAAGUGCUCCAGAAAAUGGCAGUGGUGGAUUCGAUGAAGGUGAUUUUGCGAGCUUCUUUCAGCAAUUCGGUGGAGAUUCAUACGAAGAAGAGAACCCACGGCGUACUUCCGACGUGCAUAUUCCAAUGCGUCUUUCCAUGAAGGAACUAUACAAUGGUCGCACUGUGAGAUUUCAAGCGAAGAGAAAUAUCGUGUGCAACCGUUGCGAAGGCAGUGGUAUUCGCAAGCGGGCGCGCCACGCAGCGAAGUGUGGGUCGUGUGAUGGUCAAGGUGUAAAGCAAAGACUACGCAGAGUGGGUCCCGGUUUUGUAACCCGAGAAACGGUUGAAUGUGAGCAUUGUCUGGGUCUGGGCCGCGAGUUGCGAGCAGAAGACCGCUGCAAGAAAUGCCAAGGCAAGCGGGUUGUAUCGGAGGGCAAAACACUUAGCGUAUACGUCCCUCGUGGGUCAUGUAACGGUGACACGGUUGUUCUUAAGGGCGAGGCGGACGAGGAGCCUGGUAAAUCUACCGGUGAUCUGGUAUUUGACAUCGAAGAAGAUGUCUCAAGUAGCACGUUGGAGCGUCGUGGAAACGACUUAUACACUCAUCUGACGAUAACACUUGCUGAAGCUUUAACAGGGUUCGAAAAAGAGGUAUGCACCACAUUUGAUGAUCGCUUACUGCGCUUAAAGAUACCAAUGGGACAGGUCAUCCGCCCUGGCAACUAUAUCUGCUUAACGAGUGAGGGCUGGCCGCUUGACGAUAAGGGUCGUUCAUUUGGUGACAUGUACAUAAAUAUCAACAUUGAGUUCCCACCAGAUCGGUGGUUCAGUGAGCGUGGAGACGUCCAAGCUUUAAGAAACCUAUUACCACAAGCAGACUCGGCCUCGAAGGGUGCCAAUCCGCUUUCAGCGUCUGCCGACCCUGCAAACACCGAGGUUCCUUCACAAUAUAAGAUCAUAUCGUCAGCGGAUGAACUUCCUGACUACAUUUCAGAGGAGUCUGCACACAAUGGGGCUCAAUGUGCUCAACAGUAA